AUGGCAAUGCAACGCCGCCGCCGCGGUCGCGCGACAGCGCCAAGCAGUGCUCAGGCAUUACUUGGCAUUGCUGCAGCCGCACUUUUGCUUGUGGCUGUGGCAAGCGAUGCCUUUGUCACGGCUGCGCAACCUUCUUUGACUCAGAACGCAGGACCAGUGUCCCGUGUGCUCAAUCGCACGACGAGGGCACCCGCGCAGGAGCAGACAAUCAACUUCCUCCGCGCUGCUGCGGCCACGACGUUGAUGUGUCUGGCCGCAAAGAGUUUUCGACGACCAAAAGCUUCAUCCAUGCGCGUACAAGCUGUGAUGUCCAAAAGCAGUGGAAGCUCUGAGAUGGUUCACAAGACUUGCAAGGUUGAAGAGGUCAUGCUAAUCGAUCUUGCUGAUGCAUGCAGAUCAUGCAGUGAAGAGGUCUUGCAAAGGACACCGGCAAGAAUCGCAGUCAAUGAGGCGACAGCAGACACAGCAGUACCCUCUGCUUCUGCACCGGUGGCCACCCGGGCCAAGCACCAAAAGGCCCGCAUGGUAGGCCAGAGCCGGCAUUGCACCCAUCGUUUUGCCCGGGCUGCCAGGGCUGCAACUGGAGCAUCAACUGCAAAGAAGGCUCGUCGCACCAUUGGGAAGAGCCUGAAUGCGCGUGUGGAACCUGUUCCAGUUGCGCAAUCGUCCUUUGAUCCAAGCACUGUCCGCAACAGUGUGCAGAUUGGCCUUCGAAUCUCGUCAACUUUGCGCUCUGAGAAGGGUCGUGAGUCGAAGUCGCCUUCCUCGCUUGAAGGCUCAGACAUGAGUACAGGUUUACGUAUCCAAGCAAACGAAUUUAGAGAAUAA